CUUCUGUAUAUCCAUUACUCGCCAUGUCGAAAAUCGUCCUCAUCACCGGCUCCAACACGGGCAUCGGCCUCGAGAUUGUCAAGGCCCUCGCGGGGGCCAGCAAGCCCUAUACCAUCCUCAUGGGUGGACGAACCCCACAAAAGGUGCACGAUGCUAUCUCAACUGUUCAGAAACAGCUCCCUACGACUUCGAGCACAUUCACUCCAAUCCAAGUGGACAUCGAAUCAGAUGCCUCCAUUGACCAGGCCUUUGCUGAGGUGCAGUCCAAGUACGGCAAACUAGACAUCCUCGUCAACAAUGCCGGCGCCCAUUUCGACCAACAGCUCAUCACCGGCAAACUCGCCAUCAGCGCCCGGGAGAUGUGGAACAAAACGUGGAACGUCAACACCACCGGAACGCAUAUCCUGACCUCAACCUUUGCUCCUCUCUUGCUACAGGGCUCCGAUCCUCGCCUGCUAUUUAUCACCUCGGGCACAUCCACUCUAGCGGGGACGGAGGACCCAGCGAUCCCCUUGAACUGGGUUCCCCCCAAGGGCUGGCCCAAGACAGGCUUCAAUGCGCCUGCUUACCGCAGCGCCAAGACCGGUCUGAACAUGCUUAUGCGCGAGUGGUAUCGUUGGUUGAAAGAGGAUGGUGUCAAGGUGUUUGCCAUCUCGCCUGGGUAUUUGGCCACAGGAUUGGGCGGUGAUCCAGAUUUCUCGAGGAGGAUGGGGGCUCAGGAUCCGGCCAGUUCGAGUGUGGGUUCGUUCAUUCGCAGUGUUAUUGAGGGUCAGCGGGAUGCCGAUGCGGGAAAGGUGAUUAACAAGGAUGGCGUCCAGGAGUGGUAGUUUGGCGGAUUCUAAGCAAUCUGUUGGGUGGUAGUUUUGACAUGGACGCUGGUCACUGUUCGUUUGUAGAAUAAAUCCUUAGAUAGACAAAUCUCCCUUCACUGUUUACUUGAGCACGAUAGUGUAAGCGGCUAGCUGGUGAAUUGCAAAGGAGACUGGCAGACCUAUAUAGACAGUCCUGGGUGGGGAACAUCUUACCGGAUGGAGUACGAU